CCUCUCUCUCUCUCUCUCUCUCUCUCUCUCUCUCUGUUCUCGCUGUUUGUUUUUGUGGGUUUUUUGUCCCAGUCCAAAACACAAAACCGUCGUCGAUAUGGCCGAAGAUCCCCAUAAGCCUGCUGCAGCAGAGGCUACGCCGUCCGGCGAAGUUGGCGUCGUCGCGGACGUACCUCCGGCGGAGAAAGCCGUUUCCGUGAACGACCCACCAGCACCAGUUCCAGAGCCAGAGCCCGAAGCAGCCGAGAAAUCCGAAGAAAAGCCCCAAGCCGUCGUCGCAGCAGCCUCAGAGGAGGUCGUCGUAGUAGAGGAAGAGAAACCCAAAGCCGUAGAGGAACAGAAAACGAUAACCCAGUCGGUUUCUUUCAAAGAAGAAAGCUACGUAGUCACUGAACUUCCCGAUCCUCAGAAAAAAGCUCUCGACGAGCUCAAGCAGCUCAUCCAGCAAGCUCUCAACAAACACGAGUUCACCACUCCACCCCCUCCACCGCCGGCACCGAAGGAGGAUAUCAAGUCGGAAGAGACUCCGGCAGAGGAGAAGAAGAAAGACGAAGAAGAAAAGACCGAGAAGGUCGAAGAAGCUCCCAAAGCCGAAUCCCCGGCUACUGAAACAGAGCCUCCUAAGACCGAAACAGAGCCUGUGAAAGAACCAGCGCCGGAACCAAAGGAAGAGAAGGCUCCUGCUCCUGCUCCGGCUCCGGCACCGUCACCGGCGCCAGAGUCCUCUUCGACGGAGACGGUGGUGGUUGCUGAAGUGGUGGAGAAAAUCACGGCCACCGAUGAAGACGGUGCUAAAACCGUAGAAGCCAUCAAAGAGAGCAUUGUCGAGGUCUCUGCUUCUGCGGUUUCAGAGGAACCAGCCCCAAAGGAAACCGAGAAAGCUCCGGCGACAGAGGAAGCUGCUUCCACCGCCGCCGCCGCCGAUGCUCCGGCAGAGACUAAAGAGGAAGUCCCGGCGCCUCCGCCACCACCGCCGGAAGAAGUAUUUAUAUGGGGAAUUCCUCUUCUGGCAGACGAAAGGAGCGAUGUGAUCCUCUUGAAGUUCUUAAGAGCCAGAGAUUUCAAGGUCAAGGACGCUUUCGCCAUGAUCAAGAACACGGUCCGUUGGAGGAAGGAGUUCGGGAUCGAUGCUCUUCUGGAUGAAGAUCUCGGGAGCGAUUGGGACAAGGUGGUAUUCACUCAUGGUGUCGAUAAGAAAGGCCACCCAGUCUGCUACAACGUGUUUGGCGAGUUCUCGAACAAGGAGCUGUACCAGAACACCUUCGGUGAUGAAGAGAAGCGAUCCAAGUUCAUCAAGUGGAGGAUUCAGUUCUUGGAGAAAAGUAUCAGGAAGUUCAAUUUCGACCCAACUGGAAUCUCCACCAUUGUUCAGGUCAACGAUCUCAGAAACUCUCCUGGACUUUUCAAGAGGGAGCAUCAUCAUGUCACCAACCAAGCUCUUCAACUUCUUCAGGAUAACUAUCCAGAGUUUGUAGCCAGACAGGUGUUUGUCAAUGUUCCAUGGUGGUACUUGGCCUUCAACAGGUUUAUCAGCCCCUUCCUCACUCAGAGGACCAAGAGCAAGUUUGUUUUUGCUGGUCCAUCCAAGUCCGCUGAAACGCUGUUCAAAUAUAUUGCUCCUGAGCAAGUCCCAGUUCAGUAUGGUGGACUUAGCAGAGAAGGUGAACAGGAAUUUACAACUUCUGACCCUGUCACAGAAUUUACAGUAAAACCAGCAUCCAAGCACAUAAUUGAAAUCCCUGUUUCUGAGAGUGGUGUUUUGGUUUGGGAAAUCAGAGUGGUGGGUUGGGAUGUGAGCUAUGGGGCUGAAUUUGUACCAAGUGCUGAGGAUCAAUAUACCAUUAUUAUUCAAAAGACGAGGAAGAUUACUCCUGCUGAUGAGCCGGUGAUCACAAACAGCUACAAAAUUGGCGAUCCAGGAAAAGUUGUGCUCACCAUUGAUAACCAAAGCUCCAAGAAGAAGAAGAUCCUAUACAGGACCAAGACCAAAACGUCCUCUGAAUGAAAAAAAGGAAAUUGAACAAUGAAAACAAGAAAGCAGCUUUGAACAAAUUAUUGCCUCUGUUGGAUUUUCACAGUUUCAGUCUGAUACAAAGACAUUCAAUUGCAGAAUAAGAAGGGUUCUUUAUUGUUCUUAAGUACAGGGUUAAUUUUUUUGUUUCUUUCUUUUUUUCUUUUGGUUGAGAUUUAAUUUUAUUGUAAUUCAAAGAAGUCAGGUGGGUGGGCGGAUUUUAUUUAUAUUUAUUUUAAGUUUUAUAAUUAUGGGAAUUUUUGUUCUUGUCUUUGGAUUGCAAAUCAUUUAGUAAUGGAAGGAAAAAAAAAAGUCUGGGACUCUUGGAUGGAACA